AUGGCGUGGAAUGGAGGAGCGGGCUCAUGGGGCUACUCAUGGCGGUCCGCACGAUGGUUCAUUAUUACCUGCAUCGCCAUUGCGCUAUUCUCAACAAACUUCCUUUACAGCUAUAUUGUUCCCAUUCUCCCCGUCAUGAUCAGGGACCGUCUUCAUAUCGAUGAAUCCCAGGCACAAUAUACCACAUCCCUCGUCCUAUCGGCCCAUGCUUUUGUGGGACUUAUCACCGGUCUUCCGACCGGUUAUAUUGCGGACAAAAUUCCAAGUCGACAAGCUUCUUUUCUGGCUGCUCUUAUCGCAGAAGCCAUAGGAACGGUUCUGGUCAUGAUCGCAACAAAUGUGCCUAUACUUCUCAUCGGGCGAUCUAUACAAGCUGUUGGGGGUAAUGGAGCGUGGAUUGUUGGGCUCGCGACGGUCGCCGAUACCGUCGGACAAGAAAAUACCGGCAAAGUACUCGGAGGCGUUUCCUCAUUUUUUAACUCCGGACUGCUCCUUGGCCCCAUGCUCUCUGGUACACUUCUGCAGCUGUUUGGUUACUGGCCUACCUGGAUAGUCGCCAUUGCGGUACUGGUUAUUGAUAUCGUCAUGCGGCUAGUCAUGAUCGAGAGCCAAUCGAAGGACAGUAAUGGGGAAGCGACUACCGAAGCUUCGGCAGAUGUACAGUCUAGGAUAGUGGAUGAGGAUGCUAAUGAGCGGACUGCUCUUAUUUCCCCAUCCCAACCCCAGGAGGACUGCCCCAAGAGCGACGAAGUCCUUGCUGAGAACUUCUACAAGGCCAUUUUGACCAAUCCUCGCGCAGUUACCGGCUUACUUUGUCACUUCACUGCUGCUUUUAUUCUAGUCACUUUCGACACUACAUUACCGCUUCAUGUGACCACCGAGUUUGGUUGGGGCCCUGCAGAGGUCAGUCUUAUGUUCCUGAUCCUCCAGCUACCUUCCUUGGUUUUUAGUACCUUUGUUGGUAUCUUAAAGGAUAGAGUAGGCACUAGGGCCCCUACAGCUCUCGGUUUCAUCUCAAGCGCUGCCUUUCUCGUUAUGGUUGGCAUUCCGGAUCAUAGCAUGGGGUAUACAGGGCGUGUCAUUUACAUGGUGGCCAUUGCUGGCAUUGGCAUUGGAUGGACAUUGACUGCUGGCUGUGGUAUCAUUGAAAUCACACAUGUAAUGAAGGAGCUUGAGGACCAGCGCCCGGGUCGAUUUGGUUCCAAUAGUAAAUUCUCUUCAGGGUAUUCCAUUUGCAAAAUCUGUUUCACUUUGGGUACACUAUUAGGGCCCGUUUGGACCGGCUUUAUGACAAGAACCCUGGGAUAUCCAUAUAUGAGCUACAGUGUCGCAAUCUUAUCCUUGGUUGUCGGGGUUCUUGCAGCAAUCUUCCUUGGAAGGAGACCAGCAUCUGACGACAGUUUUGAGCGUUGA